CGAUAUUGUAAACAGCAGCAGAAGAGGAAGAAUGCACUGCAGUCAAUUAAGUGACUCGCCCGAGUUGGUUUAAUUCGACUCAUGUCCACAAGCCAGCGAGACUCACAAAGGUGUCCGAUUUGCGUCAACCUCGGAAGAAAGUCGGUCUCGCAUUCUUGAAGAUUAAUGGAGAAUAGUUUUACAUUUCUCUCUGCAGACUUGUGAUCAAAAUUCAGCGAACGACUGUAGGGGGUUCCCGGCAACUUGUGAAAAAUACGUGGAUGUUCAUUUCUUCAGAGUUGAAGGAGGAAUUUCCAAAGAUUUCCAACUUCAGAUUUAUUUUUGUCCUUUUUUUUGUCUUUAUUUUCGCCUCUUGUAUACGCAGGCUUCAUUGUCGUUAGAAGUAGUUUCACAUCAAACCGGUCGUCUACAUUUGUUGCCUGCACUUGGAUGAACUUCCUCAUGAGAGAUCCAGUCAUACAAGGAUCAAGUAUGGCAUAUCAUCCGUUUAUACCUCACCGGGAUCCGGAAUUUGCCAUGAGUGCAAUGCUGGGUCACCAGCCUCCUUUCUUCCCGGCCCUGGCUCUCCCUCCCAGCGGCUCCCUCUCCCUGCCGGGCGCCCUGGGAAAGCCGAUCAUGGACCAGCUGAUGGGAGUCGCGGAGACCGGCCUCCACUUCUCCUCGCUGGGGCAUCAGGCUGCGGCCGCCCACCUCAGGCCUCUCAAGACUCUGGAGCCCGAGGAGGAGGUGGAGGACGAUCCUAAAGUUCACCUGGAAGCCAAAGAGCUUUGGGAACUCUUCCACAAGAAAGGCACCGAGAUGGUGAUCACCAAAUCCGGAAGGCGCAUGUUUCCACCGUUCAAAGUGAGGUGCACUGGUCUGGACAAGAAGGCCAAAUACAUUCUCUUGAUGGAUAUAGUUGCAGCCGACGACUGCAGGUACAAAUUUCAUAACUCCCGCUGGAUGGUGGCAGGGAAGGCCGACCCCGAAAUGCCAAAGAGAAUGUACAUUCACCCGGACAGUCCGGCUACUGGUGAACAGUGGAUGUCCAAAGUCGUCAAUUUUCACAAACUCAAGCUGACUAAUAACAUCUCCGACAAGCAUGGAUUUGUAAGUUCAACUAAUACCAUUCUUAACUCGAUGCACAAAUAUCAGCCUCGGUUUCACAUUGUGAGGGCCAACGAUAUUCUCAAACUCCCGUACAGUACCUUCAGGACUUAUGUUUUUCCUGAAACGGAUUUCAUUGCUGUGACUGCUUAUCAGAACGACAAGAUAACCCAGCUAAAAAUUGACCAUAAUCCAUUUGCCAAAGGAUUCCGUGACACGGGCAACGGGAGAAGAGAAAAGAGGAAACAGCUGGCUCUGCAAUCCAUGCGUUCAUACGAGGAGCAGCAGAAAAAGGAGAACGGAGCUUCAGACGACUCCUCAGGAGAGCAGGCUUCCUUUAAGUGCUUCGGUCAGGCCUCGUCCCCUGCCGUGUCUACCGUGGGCCCGCCACACCUGAAGGAUUUCUGUGACAGCGAUGAGGACAGCGACGAUGAAAGCAAAGAUGGACAUAAAGAUGGUCCGGACAGCAAGAUUUCCACGACCACUGAGGACGGGAAAGAUCAUGAGGCGAGCCCAGCUAAGGGGCACGCCUUCAUUAACAGUGACUCUACCAGCAGGAUCCGCGACAGCGACCCCAGGACUGAGAAAAGCCAGGCAGACUCACGACAGAGCCCCAUCACUGUAAUCUCCAGUACCACCCGUUCUGCAGAGGACCUGAAGAGCCCGAGCCUGGACCAGCCCAAAACGGACGAGUGUAGGUCAAUAAGCAAGGACACCUUCGUGCCUUUGACUGUUCAGACUGACAGCGCGCACAUAGGCCACAGCCACCUGCAUAAUUUUGGAUUUCCAACAGGUUUAACAGGACAACAGUUUUUCAAUCACUUAGGGGCCGCGCACCCGUUUCUCUUGCACCCCAGUCAGUUCAACAUGGGAGGUGCAUUCUCAAACAUGGGCAUGGGGCCACUACUGGCAGCUGUGUCCACGGGAAGGGUGAACACCAUGGACACGACAAGCAUGGCAUCACCGCCGCAAAGCUUGACGGGAGCGCCAGGUCUACCCUUUCAUCUGCAACAACAUGUCUUGGCAUCACAGGGCAUUGCCAUGUCUCCGUUUGGUAAUUUGUUCUCCUACCCCUACAAUUACAUGGCAGCAGCUGCGGCAGCUUCGUCCGCUGCUUCCUCUUCGGUGCAUCGGCACCCUUUCCUGAACGCAGUGCGCCCCCGACUCAGGUACAGCCCUUACUCCCUCCCCAUGGCGGUACCGGACAGCACGUUGCUCACCACCGCCAUGUCCUCCAUGACCGGCAGUGCCAGCGAGCUAAAGGGGGACAGCAUUGUACCGGCCAGCCCCGUUCCUGCAGCCACCCUGGAUUCCACAUCUGAGGUGACCAGUCACUCGUCCACCAUGUCCUCCGGCUCGGUCUCCAUGUCCCCAAAAACUUGUGCGGAGAAAGACACCGCCAACGAGCUGCAGAGCAUCCAGCGCCUGGUCAGUGGACUCCACUCAAAUCAGGACAGGCCACGGAGCGGGUCCCCCUAGGAAUCUUUUUUAAACACUCCGCCUGCUUCUCGUUCAUGAUAAGGGAAAAGUGUUGACAGGGAUGAAGACAUUAACAACAGGAAGGACACCCUGGCAGAUUUAUGGAGGCUAAAAAAAAACGGAACUGUUGAACAUUUUAGUUUCUGAAAUGCACUUUGGUUAAUACACAUCUGCUAUAUAUAUUUUCCAUUCUUCCUUCUUUGGUUAAAUUAAAGUUAUCCUGUUAUUUGAAUACCGUACAAGUAUUGAAACUGAAAAGUUGGCAUGGGUGUGACUUACAGAUUUGCUGCUGUGUCCCGUCUCCUAAUUUCAUUGUACACGGAAGACAUUUGUUUAAAUAUGCACUCUGAAUCGAUUUGACUUAUUUAAAUUCACUACCGUUAACCUGCCUUUUAAAGACUGCUGUAUUUGUUGCACACCAUGAAUUAAUUGGCCAAAUGUUGCAUGACCCUUAAAUACCUAAAGGUGUUAUUUUAAUACUAAGAAUAUUAACCAAAAUAUGGAAAAAUGUUGUUUUGAAUAGAAUUAAACACACUCCUUUUGCCAAAGUUUCUUCUUAAUUAGGUUAUUCAUUUCAAAACAAGUUGGUUUUUUUCUUCACAUCUUGUAAAAAUCAGAACAGGCCCAUUGACACGACUGGUGCUCCGGGACCAAACCACGGCCCAAGGCGGAAUUUAGUCCAGAUGUCAAACUGGCAAAAGGAAACUGAAAUUUACGGUAAAUGUUAAAACAAAAAAAUGAAAGGUGGUAUUGAUUAUAGGUGUACAUAUGGAUAUAUAAAAUAUUUAUGUAAUUAUUUCAUAUUAUUGCGUGUAAAUACAACGGAGUAGUUUGUUUCUAGGAAUCUGUUCUUAAUUUAUUGUCGAUAUACCUGUGUAAAGAUAGUUUGUGGGCUAUUAUCCUUUUUGUUGCCAUUUGUGUUUAUACCGUACCCCCCCCCCCCCCUCAAAAUAUGGACUUUAUUCCUCCACAGAUAUCCACUGAGCUCGUCAUUCACACUCAUGUGCCAUUGUAUUUUCACUUGUUGUCCCCUUGUGUGAAGUGCUACUGUUUAAAACGAAUGAAAAGGCGACAACGCACUACACCAAUGGCUUGAAAGAAAUCUAUUUUUUUUAAGUAAAGAGCAAAGAAGUGUCAUUGAAGUGUGACAAAAGUGGACUAUUUUUUUGUUACUAAAAUACUUUGCAAACCUGGUCGUAAAAGUGCCGCAUAAUCGAAAAUAUGAAGGUUUUUGUGUUUCUUAAUUUGUCAGUGGGUUUUGUUGCAUUGGAGUUGUGUCUAGUUUACAACAUCGACAUCGUGUUCUUGAAAGUUUCAAUAAAAUAUUGAA